AUGGUUAAUGAAGUCGCUUCUUUUUACAUCAAGUUACUUGGUACUGCUGACCCUUUGAUCAAGGAAAUGAAUCCUUCCAUUCUUCAAGAACUCCUUAACUAUUCUUUUUCCCCUGAAGCUACUCCCUCUCUUGUUAAGGAAGCCUCUGCUGAUGAAAUUAAGAAUGCUUUAUUCAAUCAAGGCAAUGAAAAAGCCCCUGGUCCGGAUGAAUUCUCUUCUUUUUUCUUUAAGAAUUGUUGGUCAAUAGUGGGAGAAGACAUUAUUAAUGCAUCUGCCUUUAUCCGAGGUCGUGAUAUCAUCGAUAAUGCUCUUCUUGCUCAGGAGAUAGUGAAAGGAUAUGCAAUCCUUAAAGGCCUCCAUCUUCCUCAAAAAUUUAUUGACUGGAUACAAAUCUGUUUCUCUCAAGCCAAGUACUCUAUUGCUUUUAAUGGUACUUUAAUAGGCUAUUUCAAAGGGGCCAGAGGUAUAAGAAAAGGGGAUCCUUUAUCCCCUUAUCUUUUCGUUCUAGCAAUGAAUGUCCUCUCCAAAAUGCUAAAUAUUGCAGCUUCCAAAGGAGUCUUUGCUUUUCACCCAAAAUGCAAGAAAAUUGGGUUAACUCAUCUCUCUUUUGCAGAUGAUUUACUGAUUUUCUGCAAAGGAAAUAAGGAUUCAGUAGCUGGAGUAUUGAGUGUUCUCCAUCAAUUUUACAAAGUUUAUGGACUUCACUUAAAUCCCUCCAAAUGUGAGAUCUUCUCAGCGGGUAUCUCUCCUAGGGAAAUUGAGAACUUUAAAAUCAUAUCUGGCUUUAAAACAGGUUGCCUGCCUAUUAGGUACCUAGGAAUACCUCUUGUUACUCGAAAACUUUCUCUGAAAGACUGUGAACCUCUCCUUGAUAAAAUCAGGCAAAGGCUUCACCACUGGUCUACAAGAAACUUAAGUUAUGCUGGCAGACUUGAGCUAAUUAGAUCAGUUCUUUUUAGUGUCAGUAAUUUAUGGUGUAGACAAUUAAUCCUCCUAGCUACUGUCUUAAAAUCAGUGGAUCAAUUAUGGUCAAGGUUCUUUUGGAAAGGAGCGAACAAAUCAGCUGCUGGAGCUAGAGUUAGUUGGGACCAAAUUUGUCAGUUAAAAUCUGAAGGUGGAUUAGGUCUGAAAAACACUACCACUUGGAACAAAGCUUGCAUUAUGAGCCUUAUUAGAAAGAUCCUAGCUGGAAAUGGUUCGCUCUGGGUUGCUUGGCUAAAUAGCUAUGUUUUCAAGGACCAAAACUUCUGGCAGUUUAACAUUGGAUCUAAUAUCAGCUGGAAUGUUAAAAGAAUUCUCAAAAUGAGAAAUUCAGCAUUCCCUCUUUUUUCUUCUGGGUUUCAUCAGGUGAAGGAAAUUUGGGGGAAAAUCAGAUUGCAAGGUCAAAAAGUGUACUGGCACCGUUUAGUAUGGUACCCUAUGCACCUUCCAAAGCAUAGUUUGAUUUCUUGGAUGGCCAUCUUAAACAGGUUACCAACUUGUGAUCGCUUGCAACGCAUGGGAUUAGUCACUGCUGGUCUGUGCGUCAACUGCAGGGUUUUCAACAAAAGCAGGGAUCACUUGUUCUCUCAAUGCCCCUUGUCUAUUGAACUCUGGAAAUAUGUUAUUGGUUUGAAUGGUAUGAACUACUCUGCAAUGACUUGA